AGUGAGAAUCUCCGUGGCGCGAGGGCCGGCCUGUCGCUGCUCGGGAGCUCCGCUCGUGGCCCCGCCUGGAGACGGUGCUCGGCUUUCAGUCAGAGGACACGAGGAAAAAGGACAGAGAGAAGAUAACAGCAGCACCGAAUGCAGCGAACGUGGAGUCAUGGAUCUGAAAUUCACUUCAACAAGAAAACACGUUUCCAUCAGUGUACCUUCCAAAUCUCAGACUAUGUCACCCCAUAUCAAAUCAGUAGAUGAUGUUAUAGUUCUUGGCAUUAAUCUUAGCAAAUUUAACAAGCCUGCUCAAUUUUUCAUCUGUGUUUCUGGAGUUUUUAUGUUUUAUCUGAUCUAUGGAUAUUUACAGGAAUUGAUAUUUUCAGUGGAAGGUUUUAAACCUUUUGGUUGGUACCUCACUUUAGUGCAAUUUGGAUUUUAUUCCGUUUUUGGACUAAUAGAAUUGCAGUUGAUUCAGGACAAAAGGAGAAGAAUUCCUGGCAAAACCUACAUGAUAAUAGCCUUUUUAACAGUGGGAACAAUGGGCUUGUCAAAUACCUCUUUAGGAUAUCUUAAUUACCCUACUCAAGUCAUCUUCAAGUGCUGUAAACUGAUUCCAGUUAUGGUAGGCGGGGUUUUUAUACAAGGAAAACGUUACAACAUUGCAGAUGUGUCUGCUGCCCUGUGUAUGAGUCUUGGAUUAAUAUGGUUUACUUUAGCUGACAGCACAGUUGCACCAAACUUCAACUUGACAGGUGUGGUCCUAAUAUCCCUUGCACUCUGUGCAGAUGCAGUUAUAGGAAACGUACAGGAAAAAGCAAUGAAGUUGCACAAUGGUUCUAAUUCAGAAAUGGUUUUGUACUCUUACUCAAUAGGUUUUCUGUAUAUUUUAUUUGGAUUAACUUGCACUAGUGGAUUAAGCCCUGCAGUAGCAUUUUGCUCACAGCAUCCAAUUCAGACUUAUGGUUAUGCAUUCCUUUUCUCCCUGACUGGAUAUUUUGGCAUAUCCUUUGUUCUAGCUUUGAUUAAAAUCUUUGGUGCCCUUCUGGCUGUAACAGGCACAAACAAGCCCUUAUCUUACAUUUGGCCACUGCUUGUUCAAUCAUGGAAACUUUUUGGACUGUUUACUGUUCUGGAAAGUGUACAGAAUUGCUUAUCCUUACUUCAUCCUUUUGAGAUAAGGGUAUAUGGCUGCUUAUGGAAAGGCAGUCAUGAAUUGCUGAAAGUGCUGAAAGUCAACUGGAUCCCCUAAAGUUUUGCUUCUUCACAUGGAUCUCAGACACGUAAGUUUGCCUCCAUGAUUUUCUGUGACAUGAGACUCAGAAAGCUGCCACACAGUAAAUUCAAUUGAAAUCACCUGUGUGCACACACUUGCUUACUGAAAAAGUUGAGUGGUUGAGUGAGUGUGCAUCAGCACAUAGGUUGUUCCUGAGGAUAAUCUGACUCUACACAAUCACAUGACUGUCACUUUCCUACAGUCCUACAGUCACUUUCACAUCUGCAAAGUUCCCUUACAGAUUUUUGUCAGUAAUUUUGUAAGAGGCUUAAUGUGGGACUGAACAAAGAGAUACAGCUGUACUUGACUGAAUACUCAAAACUCUUUGCAACAAAAGGUCGAAAGUGCUUUUGCUUGUAGAGUUAAAAUCCAGCGAGCAAAGCAGUGAUGGCAGUAGCCGGUGAGCUGCGCACUGUUGAGAUGAAUAACAUUGUCCUCUCUCUCCUAAACGAGUUAAUACUAAGCAUGGAUUUAUACUUGUUUUAUUCCUCUUGUGAUAAAUAAAAACAACACCUUUUUCUAACAGGUGUAAUUGCAUCUUGGUUAAUGUGUGAGCUACAUCCUCAAUGAGUGCGUGUAGGCAAGUGUUGAUUUAUUUUGGCUGCUUGGAAUAACUGACACUUAUGACUCUAACCUAAUUUAAUCUCUUUGCCUCUGGAAUGCUGGUAUCUGAAAGCAAACCAAGUGAUUUUUUAGAGCUGACACUACUGCAGGUUUCUGUUUUGUUAGUUUGCAAUAUUUGCAAUAACUACAACUUUGUCCAAAUUCUGUUGGAUGUAAUGCAUUGCAUAACAUGCCAUAAAGCCUGUUGACUAAUGUGAGCUACAGGGACUACAGAUCUAUUGCUGUUUCACUGCAAAAAGAGUGUAAGUGCAGCUUAUUUUUGAGAGGAGAACAGAAAUCUCAGAAUAUCAGAAUCCCAUACGUUUCAGUUUUUCGGUUGAAAUAGAGAAAUUAGUGCUUCUGUUGUGCCAAUAAAAAUAUAUAUGACAAAGCAUCUUUCCUAGAGAAAAAGUAUGUAAGAGAAGAGAUGUUUCUCUUCCAAACAAAGGACAGAGGGCUGCGAUCAGCUCGUGUCUGAAAUGCAUGUGAUUUGGUUCUUGGGCUGAAUAACCAAUAAUCAUUUUUAAAGAAAAUAUGAAUAGAAGUGUGUAGAAAUUCUUGAAAAGUAAGGAUGUGCACAUUGUUAGAAAAGAUCACAUUUUUCUUCCUUGGGACUGAGUUUCGGUAAACUUGUUCAAAUUCUAUAAACUAGUGGUAAGAACAGACAAGAUUUCUACAGGAAAAUAAAACCUGAAUAAUAUGCCCAAUUUGGGCUUAACAGAAACAGAGG